AUGUCCUCUCCCAGCGACGCCACGGUGCCUGCCACCAGACGCGCGAGAAAAUCUAUCGGUGCACAACACGGCAGGCGAAAAACUAUUGAUAAAGAAAAUGCGACAGUCGAUGUCGCCAGCGAGCUGGCUGCCAGUCGCAAAGCGAGAAGCAAAAGCAUAGGGCCCGGUGGCCUGGACAGUCUUAGACCCGGAACAGGAAAUAGGAGAGCAUCUAUUGCCGCGCCGCGAUCAAUCUUGAAGCCGCGCAUGUCAACGCUUGCCGAGAUUCCUUCACUUCAAUUCACGAAACGAGCAUCCAGCGGAAGCGACGAUACAAUACGCCGGAAAUCGCCCCGUAACUCGAAGAGUAGCGACCUUACAGCAUCUAAAAUUGCCUUGCGCACCGAAGAAGAGCAGCAGGCAGCAGCCCGUGACCGCGAGGAGCAAGAGCGCCGAGAUGCGCGUCGCAAAUCACUCGCGAAUCGGAGGGUUUCUUUUGCUGCGGAAGCCACUCUGCAUACUUUCCAUGAUAUCGAUAUGCAAGACUCGACCGCCUCAACCGAUUAUUCGACCCGCAGAACAUCGAAUGUGACCGGCGCUCACUAUCAGGCGAUACCCCAACAACGACGCAACUCGGCAGUCAACUCAACUGGAUAUGACAAUGAUGAUAGUGUCACGUCUAUUCUUUAUAGCGACGAUUCGGAGCCCGCUGAUGGCGUUGAAGAAGUCGAGGAUGCCGAGGAGGAAGACGAAAUGUCAAAUAGCGACUCUGACGAUGGUACGAUGAUGACAAUUGAUACGGAGGAAGUCACUGGAACUACGGUUGCCUCAGAUCGCUCAGCUCCGUCUGAUGAUGAAUCUUCGACCCUCGAAGAGGCGCUGAGACUUGCGGCUGAACGAGCCGGUACGCAACGGCUCGACGACGAGGAAGAGUACUAUGACGAGGCAGGCGAGGAGGCCGAAGACGAAGAGGAGGAAGAAAUUAUCCCAUCGUUUGGAUGGAUCAGAAAAGAUGCGCAAAAGCAGAACAGCUCGACAGCUGGCUCGACAUCUGCAGCCUCAAGACCCAGCUACUCAAAUGACGAAGCAACUGAAGCCGGAAUGGAAAUGGACAUGACCUACAAUAUGGGACGCAUCAUCAAGCCCAGCGAAGCAAACGAAUCCGACGAAGAGGCAGAACUGUCCAUGGAUGUCACAAAAGCCUUCGGAGGCAUCCUACCAACGCAAUCUCCGGAAAGCAGCCCUAUCCGAGACGUCCCAGUAGAUUCCUCGCAAGGAGAUGAAAUGACGAUGGAGUUUACCACAGCGCUCGGUGGUAUCCGCUCUGUGGGCUACGACGACACGACGGACGAUUGUGCUCGCGACGAAGAAAUGUCAAUGGAGUUCACAAUGGCCAUGGGUGGUGUCCUCGGCAAAGAAAAGCGCAAAAGUAUUGACGCCGCUCGCCGACGGACUCUCAAUCAAAUGGAUGAAGCCGAUGCGACUAUGGACAUGACAACUAGCGUUGGACGCAUUCUGUCCAUCCAACCACACCGUGAGAAGGCAACCAAUUCCGCAAGUGGUGAGGAUUACGAAACUGCGGAAAUGGAUAUCACAGCAGGCAUGGACAUGACUGCGGCAAUUGGAGGCAUCUUGAACAGCCAAGGACGCCGCAGCCUCGGCCGAGAGAUCAUGGUGGAAGAGGCGAAUAAGCCGAAUAGCCCUGGAACUGCCAUCUUCAACGCCAUUUCGAAGCAGCCGUCAAGGCGAAGAUCGUCUCGGAAUGCUGCCCCCGAAAGCUCCAACACCAAUACCGGCCUUCUCCCCUUUCGCGAGAGACUUGCAAGUCCACAAGAGGAAACCACAACUCAAACCGCUAGAAAUUCCUCUUCUCCGAGAAAGCAGCAUCCAUCGCAGCCUGUACGAACUGCUGAAAAGUCACAAAGCCACAGUCCACAAGUUCCAACUUCUGCGCGGAGGCGAUCAAGCAGACUCUCCCCCUCAAAAUCCCCAACCAAAUCUCCAGCUACGUCAGCAGGCAAAUCUCCUAACAGUGCUACGCCUGUGCCUCGCCGGAAGCCUGAAUCGGCCCAGCAAAGCCCAGCAAAGUAUGUCACUCCGGAUAGUCGCCGUAUGUCGGGUAUUGGAGCCGAUCGAAGUGGGUUGGGCUCGCCUCGAAUUGCUGAAGUAUUUGACCGUCGAAGCUCGAUCGGUGACUCUGCAAGCAAGUUCGUUCCUCGCAACCGUUUGGUAGCCUUGGAAGACCCGAAAGCUCUUUCGAAGGAGGUUGACGAUGAUCGAAGCCGUGAUGGAGAGCGUGAGCGCGCGAUCGUGAGAUUUGGUCACACGGAAGAGGACAAGGAUGCUACUGUCAAUUUGAGGGAGAUGAUUGACAACCUAAGUCCGACUCGGAAACCACUCAAAGGACGCAAGAGCCUACAUAUUGGAAGUGCCAGAGGCCUCCUUGGCAAACGUCCCACCGAGCUCGAUGACGAGGACGCAGAAGACAACGACGGUGUUAAGCGCCUCCGUGGUCACCAGGGCAGUCCCGUCAAGAACGUUAGACUGCAGAAGCCUACAAAAGCAGGCGGCAUAUCUGGUGAUAUCUCUGGAUUCCGUGGUAAGAUCGCUGCACCAGAUCAGCAUCACAGCCUUUCAUCACCCUUGAAGGCUACCCAAACGACCACCCCUCGUAGAAAGGCUCUUUCCGAUAUGAAAGCGAAUCAUACAGUGCAUGGAACAAGCAUUGAUUUGCCCGAGCAGCAGCUGUCAGAUGAAAAUGAUUGCGAAAAAAUUGACCUCCAAGAUUUCCUAAACAUGAUUUCUAUUCGCUUCAUGGAAUUACAAACGACAAAGCGACGGCACACCACUGCCCCAGGGACUCUACAAGAUGGCACCACCGUUACGGGCGAGGAUGACAUGUCAUUGGAACGUUGCGUGGUAGCGAGUGCCUGCACUGUACCAAUGCUCGAGCUUUAUCAACAUUCUUGCCGUGAGCUCAAGAAGUACAUAGCGGAAGGGCGGCGAAUGGUCAAAGAAAUCGAGGCAGACACCUUUGAAGACAACCCGCCGCUGUUCCAAGAGUAUAUAACUGCAGCACCAGACGUCAAGGCGUUGAUGGACAACCAGUUCAAAAACGUCAAGACACAUGCACGGCUUCUGAGCAAAGCUAUGUGGUACGAAUGGAGAACGAAGCUCCAGGAAGGACUCAGAGAGGGGCUUGUCAAAAUUUCCAGCGACAUGGCUGGAGAUUACAAAGCCCUACAAGAACAGAUGGACAUGUUGGAAUCGGUGUUACCUCAGCUCGCAAAAACUUUCGAGGGAUUGGAGGAGGAACGCGAGAAUCUGGAACAAGCUGCCCAAGAGAUUGCCGACUGCGAUCCCGAAGAGCUCGAUUCCACUCGUCAAGAACUGAUUUCCCUGAACGCCGAUAUCGAGGCGAAGAAGGAGCUCGUGGCCGAAUUACGGCUCCAAUUCCAAGCUGCUGAAGCGAGCAGUGAAUCGCUGUCCACCAAGAAGGCCAGCUGCUUGGCUGACAUAGCCCACUCUGAGAAGGUCAGGGAAAAUUGCCGUGGCUGGAGCAGCUCAGAGGUCAAUAGUAUCAAAGGGCGCGUGGAUGCACUCGAGAAAAAGCUUGGAUGGGCGGUGACUGGGGUCAACAAAACGACCCUGUCUAUGGCGUACAAGCGCGAGAUUGAGAUUGUCUUUGACGUCACCUCGUUUCGACCAGGCGGAGUCAAUUCGCAAAUUGACCUAUGGUAUAUUGCUGAUUGCCGAGAAAAAGACCCUCUGCCUCGAACUGUUGAGAAAGAUUUCUUCCUGCAGUGCAUCCGGGACUACAUCCGGGCACUGAAGCAGAGUACUACCAAAAUCCCAGAGCUGCUCAGUGUUGUCCAGCAGUCGUGGGAUAGAGCAACCAAGGUCGCGUCUCAGAUCCGGCGCGUGAAUUCUACAUUUCCAACGCAGGUUCGCAAGACGUCCGAUUCGAGCAUCGAGAUUGUGACAUCGUUAUUGGUAGUGCCUUUGCACACUAGAGUACAAGUCACUCUGGAACUACAGAACCACAACAUUACGAAAGCGCUGGAUAUGAAUAUAGCAUCGUCCGUGGCAGUUGUAUAUGGAGAGCAUUUCAAUACUUUGACUCGGUGCACUUUGAUCGCCCUCUUCAAACGGGCCGUUUGUUUGAACGAUCUGAUUCGCACUCGGAUCCGUGCCUUCUCAAUCCCGAUAUACCAAGGGACCCCUCCUCGAACACCACUUGACUGUGGUAUUCCAGUUUCUCUCCUCAAGCGAGGAGAAGAAAAAGAGCAGAGAAUGAACCAAAUAUACGGUUCCGCUCUGCAAGGACAUGGAGGGGCUGCAGCUUCAGCGGUACCAACAGGAGAGUUCACAAAUGGACACCCUCUGACCGCCUGGCGCGCCCCUCUCGAGGAAGACGAGGUUGAUGCGUACGAUCAUCUCAGCGCAUCCACUGACGAAGACAUCGAGAUGGACAUGGGUGGUCCCGACUACUUGACGUGGUCGGGAGCUGCAGGAGAACCCAUGACCCCUCCUCCGGGUCCUGCUACUCACCCAUACUGUAGCAUGGGAUCAUCGUCAUGGCAGGGCGGGCAGAUGCCUGCGGGCGCCCACUUUGCGCCUUCGCCAGCGAGCACGGAGACAUCGGCGGGCGGCACCCGACCUGCGCGCAGACACCGACGUCGUCUUGAGGGCGGCGUCGAAUCUGCUGUGCAUACCAAGCCGGCGCCGGGGGGUCUGGGACGGGUGUUGGAUCAGAAGAGGGCAGCUGGCCGUGUGCCUGACGCGGAUCGAGCGGCUCGAUCCAACGCCAGGAUUGAGGAAGCUGGGAGGCUGGUGGUAUCGGAUGAGGAGGAGAUGGACUGGAUCUCGGAUGAGGAGGAAAAGGAGGCUGCCCGCGACUGCUCGCAGGAGGUCGAUUCAGGUUCCGGUUUGGAGCCGGUCCGUGAAGGCGACCGAGCUGCGCCCACGCCAGCACACGUGCCAGCGGAGAUCGGGGCAACUAAACCUGGCUUGACGUCGUCUACGUCGAACUGCAUUCCGCCACCCGGCGACCCAAGCUCGGGGGAGUCUAAAAAAGACGGUCCCGGGGCCGCACAGUUGCAGCCAACGAAUGCUGACCUGGACUCGGCGACUGCUUCCUCGAGGGAGGCCCUGGACUGGCUCAAUCGAGUAGACUGGUCGGCCCAGUCCCGGGCAGCCCAGGCUCAGGCGAUCCAGGCCCAAAUGCACCAGUCCCAGGCAUAUGAGGACUUUCUCAGUGAACAGAACGACGAUGAUUCGGAUCUCUAG